AUAUACUAGUCUGUAUUGAUUCCCUUGAUUAUCAAAACCAUUGGAAACAAGUGGGGAGAUCUUUGGUUGAAAUUUGGUGAGAUCUUGCUUUGUGUGCUGUGGAUUUUCAGUGGGCACAUUUUCUUUAGUACAUAAGUCUCUUGUAAUUAUCUCCCACUCCAUUAUUUCAACUCAAACAAAAACAUCUAAACCAGCCCAAGCUUCUCUCAACUUCUACAUUUUUAUUGCCAUAUCUGAAUCAUAUAUUGCUCUGAUGGGAUUAGCUACAGAGUCUAAGUUUCAUGUCUUGGCUGUUGAUGACAGCAUCAUAGAUAGAAAGCUUAUUGAAAGGCUACUCAAGACCUCUUCUUUUCAAGUUACAGCAGUUGAUUCUGGGAUUAAAGCCUUGGAAUUUCUUGGUUUGCAUGAAGAUGAUGAACAGAUUAGUCCCAACAAGGCAUUUACAUCUCCAAUGAAUCAACAGGAAAUGGCAGUGAAUCUUAUAAUAACAGACUACUGUAUGCCUGGAAUGACAGGCUAUGAUUUGCUCAAGAGAAUAAAGGAGUCAUCUUUCAGAGACAUUCCAGUUGUGAUUAUGUCAUCUGAGAAUGUCCCUUCAAGAAUUAAUAGAUGUUUAGAGGAAGGAGCAGAUGAGUUUUUUCUUAAACCAGUGAGAUUAUCAGAUGUGAACAAGCUUAAACCCCAUAUAAUGAAAAGAAAGAAUUUAGAUGGUGAGAAUCUGAAAAGGGAAACAGGUCAAGAACAAGCCUUGGAGGGUUUAGAAGUGAUUCAGUCAUUACAGCAAGAAGCAGUAGCCCCACAAAAACAAGGCAUUGGUAAUAAUAACAAGAGGAAGGCUAUGGAAUUGGAAGAAGCACUCUCACAAGAUCAUAGAACAAGACCAAGAUGCAGUGGCCUCACUGUCAUUUAGAACAAAAUGUUUCUCCCUCUGGGUGAGUUCAGAGAGGAUCAGAUGUACGCAGACCAACCUCCCCCAUGAUUCCGUAAAGGCUUGGACAGUGCAUUCUUUAUUAACCGUGUACAUAUCAUAAUUAGUAACAAGGAUCUCUGUUGAUGAGAAACUUGGGCAAUUUUGCUUUAGAGGAUAAUAGGUCAAACUUUUUUUCUUUUUUUCUGUGGUUAUUGAUGUACAGUAAACAUAGUGUGACAUCAAGAUUUGAGAUUCUUGCCUGCAGGCUGCA